ACAUAUCGAAGACUUUUCCGCUGCUUUGGAGCAGCUCUGUGUCACCCCUUCCGAUUGAAAGCUGAUCGAUCAUCAUCAGGCGUGAGCAUUUCUCCGAUCCCCCAAUGACUGUCUUGUUUGGUCAGUUUGGUUUCUGCUGUGCCUGCUAUGCUUAUACUUCCAAGUUUUUUCAUAACUAUAUCUUUAAUCCUAAGCAAAAGUGUAAAGGUAGCUUUUAUGGAAAUUCGCUAUUUUCGAAGAAGCAAUCGUGCUAUUUUUUGAAAAGACGUUACCUUAACCUUGUUAGUCGUCACCGAAGAAAUACGAAAAUACAGUUUUGCACAGUGAAAUCCUGCUUGCCGAACAAUCAGAAUAUUAACUUUUCAGAAGACAGGAGAACAACUUUUAUUGACUUUAAAGAAAACGGGACACAAGUCGAUGAAGACCACGAGUCCAAACUUUAUCAACUCGAAGAAGAUGAAGACGAACUGAUCCAAGAGUACGCUGAAGAUAACUUAUGGGAAACAACAGCUGUCACUGAGAGAUAUGCUAGUUUGGACCAACGUGAUUAUCUCAUAUCUAAAAAGCUUGUUGAAUAUCUUGACGUAAGAAAGAACGAAGCCCAAAUACAAUCCGAGUAUCCCAUGGAUAAAGAUGCUAUUUUAGAUUGGUGGGUUGCUGCAGUAGACUCCAAAAAGUUUAAGGAACUACAAAACUUGUAUGGCAACUUUGGCAUUUUCUUUCUUGAGAAUUUUCCCGACUUUGCUGAAAAUAAACUGUAUGAAGGAAAACUCACUCCGAAGGAUAAAGCAAUAUUGAAAGCUAGAAGGUUAUAUUCUUGUAUGGGAGUUCCCGCUAUUGCAGAUUCGUUGCUAUUUGUCAUUGAGCCUGGAGGUUCUCAUUCACAAGGUUAUCAGUUUGAGCAAUUGGAUGAUAAUGUUGACCGUUUGUUGGAGACUCUUCGAACUACAUCGAAGCCCAAUAGAGUUACCACUUUUUAUUCUUAUGUUGCUUAUUGUGAUGGCGAAAGAGAACUUGUGGAGGAAGGCAUUUGUGAAGUUGACAUAUUCUUUGCACAUAGCUCACAGGCAUCGAUUGCUUCCUCGACAGCAUUUGAUAAUCUUAUGUUGCGUUUGAGAACAGACCUUCAUCUUCCAGCUUAUCGUCCAGAUGAUGAAAUGGACGUUAUUCAGAAUGCUGAUGCGAAAGAUGCUGCUUUGUUAUCCAAAUCAGUUUACAAACGACAAAAGUUACCUGGAGCAGUCUUGUUGGCUGAUCGACUUUUACAUGAAGCUGAUUUACUUCAAGGUAAUCUGAUCAAAGUUACUUCUUUUCUUAAUCAUCAAGUGGAUGUCUCUUUAAUGGAGUCUUGUGGAAAGGACUUAGCCAGUUUGUUAAGAGACACCAAUCCUACAAAGAUUCUAACCAUAGAAACCAGUGGUCUUUUACCUGCAAUUACGGUGUCUAGAGAGUUGGGUCUUUUCAUGGUUUAUGCUCGACAUGGAAAGUCAAUUACGAUGAGCGAUUGCAUUCACACUUUUUAUCGAAGUCAAACCAAAGGAGAACUUUAUGAGUUGGUUAUAUCCAGAGAGUAUUUGGGAGAGAAUGAUCGAGUAGUUAUCAUUGAUGAUUUUUUAGCUGGAGGUUCAACGCUGGAUGCAUUAAUUCGCUUAGCCAACAUGGCAGGAACCGAGGUUUGUGGUAUUGGAGUUUUGAUUGAAAGAACAGACAUGGGAGGAAGAGCGUUUUUAUCGGGUUAUAAUAUUCCGAUAUUUUCGUUGGUUCGGUUGUCUGUCUCCUCGGAAGGCUUAAGAGUAGAAAAUAUUGAUAAAUUCUAAGAUUAUCUCUACAGGCAUGUGAAUAUGAAUGAUGGUUGAACCAUUGAUUAUUGGUAGUUUUGUCAAGAUAUAUACAAGAUGUAUAAAUGGCACUCUUUAGUUGACUCUAUCUACUGUUCCAUAAUUACCAAGUUGAGCUCUGAA